CGCACGGUCGGUAGUGCAGAAGACCAACACAUUGGUAAUACUUGCACAGUAAAUGAUCGCCGAAUUCCAGAAAGGAAGUGCUAAUGAAAGUGGUUUUAUUUUAAUAAAUAAAUUAAAAAAAACACAAUCACUUUAAUUUCAACCGCUGAUUACCACAAAAAAACAGAGCAAGGAAACAAAUUAUGUUUAAAAGUAUUUUGUGAUAAAUAAAUUGGUAGUUAAAGGAUUUCAAAAAAUCGCAGCUCUACUACAUUAGAAAAGAAAUAUAUUAAACAGUUAUCAAACAAUCGAAAGCAAUUGGCCAUGGCUCGGAAAAAACAAAUGCUUACGUUCGUGCUUAUGCUUAGCUUCCUUUUAAGCACUUGCGCUACGAAAAAUAUCGGCGGCGUUGGUUCGCCUUUGGAUUGGUCGUCUGAAAAAUUGCGUGAUGUAGGGUACACAGACAAUGUAUUUGGCAAACAUCCUUUCGAGGACGAAGGUGCAGUGUUGACACCAAACGAACGACAAUUAUUCGCCUAUAGUCUUAACAAAGUUGGAGGACCCCAGUGUCGAGAAGAUUUAAAUACUACGCUGUGGGGCAUUCUGCGGGGCCAACAAUGGGCUAUUGCAAUGUACGAUGCAAUGGCCAAAUCCACAUCUGGUAUCGAAAGUGGUGUUUUGCAUCAGUUUGGACAUUUCGAUCAAUGCUUAGAUCAGCGACAUUUUUAUUCGAAUGCAAACGGAAAUGGAUCUAGUGAGCUUGUAGUGCGUUCAAAAUAUUGCUUAGUAGACGUAAAAAUGGAUGGAUUCACAUUGCAAACGGUGGGCAGUCGUCAAAAAGAGGCCUUGAAAAGCAUUGGUGAUGCAGCAGUGGUGGUGGUGUCGCAUUGGGGCGCAUGCGUGCCAGCGUCUUGUGAGCCCACCGAUGUCGCUCUGUUUUUGCAGAACUACUUGCAACGCCCGGUGUUGAGCGUCAACGAAACGGCCUGUCAGCUGAGCAACGUUGGAUCCGGCAGGGCGUUGCACGUCGAUGGUGGAAUGUUUGCUUAUGCUGUUGUGCUAUUUCUGUUUAUUUUGCUGGCCACAUUGAGCACCGCCUAUCAUUGCUACUUGAUUUAUGCGUCGAGAAGUGCCGAUGAUGUCUCGAAACGCGCAUUGCAACAAGAAACAUUGACAAUCGCAUUGUUGUCGUUCUCAGUUAUAGAGAAUACGAAGAAACUGUUUCAGGCGAGUAAAGACCAGAUGGGGCUAAACUCGAUAAACGGCAUCAAAGCAAUGGCAAUGUUGUUGAUACUUGCCGGGCAUGCGCUGUCGUUUAUCUAUGGCAGUCCCACUUAUAAUGUGGCGUUCGUAGCAGAGCAAACGAAAUUCCCCACAUUUGCAUUCCUCUACAAUUCGCUAUUAUUUGUGGAUACGUUUCUGUUGUUGAGUGGUUUCCUGUUCUGUCGCAUUAUGCUGGUCGAACUGCAUCGUCGUCGUGGUCAAAUAAAUCCGUUGAUUUUGUACAUUGGCCGCUACAUUCGCCUAACACCGGCCUAUAUGGCAAUUAUCGGCUUCUACAUGACCUGGUUUCCGAGCAUCGGCAGCGGUCCGUUAUGGCCAGAGCGCAUCAGACGUGAGCAGGAGCGCUGUCAGGCGUCAUGGUGGCUUAAUAUACUCUAUGUAAAUAACUAUUUCAACACGGAUAAGUUUGUAAGUACAUACUUCUAUUACGCACAUACACUUGUGCUCAAAUAA